AUGUCCAAGAACUGUUCUUUUUCUCACUUUCUCUGUCUGAGAAGUACAGGUAUCUUCAUGUCUUUCCAUUUUAUUGCAGGGCUGCAAGCUCAGACUGUCUUAGUCAAUGACACAGUCUCGGGGUUUAUCGGAACAGACGUGGUCCUGCACUGCAGCUUCACCAAUCCACUCCCCAAUGUGAAGAUAACGCAAGUGACGUGGCAGAAAGCCACCAAUGGCUCCAAGCAGAAUGUGGCCAUCUACAACCCUGCCAUGGGGGUCUCCAUCCUCUCGCCCUACAAAGAGCGGGUGACUUUCCGGAAUCCUUCCUUCAAAGAUGGCACCAUUCAGCUCUCUCGGCUAGAGCUGGAGGAUGAGGGAGUUUACAUCUGUGAGUUUGCUACCUUCCCAACUGGCAACCGGGAAAGUCAACUCAACCUCACUGUGCUGGCCAAGCCCACAAAUUGGAUGGAGGGCACCAAGCGACCACUUAUUGCUAAGUCUGGCAGGACAGAAAAGAUCUUGGUGGCUACCUGCACCUCCUCUAAUGGGAAGCCCCCCAGCACUGUCACGUGGGACACCAAGCUCAAAGGGGAAGCGGAGUUCCAGGAGAUCCGGAAUAGCAAUGGCACCAUCACCGUGAUCAGCCGGUACCGGCUGGGGGCGGGCCCGGACGGCCACCCCCAGCAGCGCCUGCGCCGGGCCCGGCUGGUGCCGAGCCGGGAGGCCCAUCGCCAGCAGCUCAUGUGUGUGGUCAACUACCAGCUGGACCGCUUCACCGACAGCAUGACCCUCAAUGUGCAGUAUGAACCAGAAGUCACUAUCGAGGGCUUUGAUGGCAACUGGUUCCUCAACCGAAAGGAUGUGAAGCUGAUAUGCAAAUCUGAUGCCAAUCCCCCAGCUCACACCUAUGAAUGGAAGCUGCCAAAUGGGACUCUGCCAGGGAGUGUGGAAAUCCAGAAUAACACCAUCUACUUUAAAGGGCCUGUCUCCUACAGCGUGGCUGGCACCUAUGUCUGUGAGGCCUCCAAUGCCAUUGGUACCCGGUCGGGCUUGGUGGAAGUCAAUGUCACAGCUACGCCAGUCCUGGGAGGGCUGGUGCUGGGUUUUUCCUUGGUGCUUAUGAUUGAAGAAAAGAUGGAGAUAAAACUUCAAGAAAAAAUGUGUCCACAGGAA